AUGAAUAAGAAUACCACAGCAGCAAUGAUCAGAACAUUCACUUUCUUCUCUCUCGUGGUGGCAGUGGCAUCUGAAGCCUGGACUCAAGAUCAAAUAAAUUACUAUUAUCAAAAGUACAAUGCCCCCUUGAAUACCUGUGCAAUGCAAGCCCAAUGCCUCAAGUACACCAUUACGGAGAAUGAAACACCUUCCAAAUGUGGAUCUCCAUGUGAAUACCGCGUCUGCUGGCACCAAGGCUACAUGGGAGAAGGAUGGAACCACGGCUGGGGUAACUGGGGAUUCUUGAGUGCCUGCAUGCGCUACGAGCACGUGGAUCAUAUCGGAGACAUGCACACUACUUCCAGCCUUACUCAGAAAGGAAGGUCGAGCAACAUCAUUGAUAACUUUGAUGAAUGCAUCAAUGGGAUCAACCCGCAUGGAAAGGGCUACUGGGAUUCCAGCUGUACGGAACCUGAAACAGCCUUUUCCGAUUCCUACAUGUUUGCCAACGUGUGCCAAAAUGUUCCCGCUGGCCACACGGUACACUUCUUGAUGAACGAUGGUGGAUCUUGUUCUGGAACAGCAGAACAGACUGAAAUGACUGGACAUGGAACCAAGGCCUUUUGUGCUCCCUCCACUCAAGACUUAGCCGAAAUGAAUCCGGGAGGCCAAACCUUCUUCCCUGCCUACAUUGGAGCAAGUAGCACUGGAGGAACUUGUUCGGGUAUGGCAGAAGGAAGCGAAUGCGUCUGGUCCGUGACGGUACCAAGUACCUGUGUAUACGAAGAGGGCGAUGCUUGUGCAGGCAACACUUCGCCAACCUACAACGAUGACACUGUCUGUCCAAACCAAGCCGAUUCGGUCUUGGUCUACUACGAAAACGAUCGCAAUGCAGGCCCUCCCAAGUCUCCCAUUCAUGAUAUCAACUUGAAUUUCGAUGGAACUGUCAGUUUCCGAGUCGUCAAUCCUUUUGGCGAUGACUUGUCAAAUCUGUAUGCAGUCUAUCCAAAGGCUGGUGGCCAUGGAGACUCUGUGUGUCCCAAGCAAAGCAGUGCGACGGACUGUGUCAGCGAUGAAGUCUACACAGCUCAGUGCAUGGACGAUGACAAUUCCUGGACCUUUGUCACCAUCUUUGUCACGGGCGAAGAUGGAGACAGUCAAGCGGCGCAAGUGGUCAAUGCCACUGAGGGAAGCCACGGUACUGAAGUUUAUAAGUGCUGUCCCAAGGAUUACGAACCAAAUGGAAGAUUUGGUCCGGAACACACUGCCGCCUUCUCAUAUUUGAUUCAUUGCAAUUGCGACGACGAAGACGAAACCGAAGGACAAGCGAGAGCUUUGAGGGUCAGCAACGAUUUGGCCAGCCAAUUUCGAGGCCACGGAGCAUUGAACCGAAAGGACUUGAAAGCAAAAUUUUUGCGUGGUGAACUCUUUGGUGACGAACUCAAGACGCUCUAUGGAUUGUUGUAA